CUUUUUUUUACCGACACCGCGAGGGCAGCUCAUUGUUGUCGUCGUCGUCGUCGUCGACGAGCAGAUGGGUAUAGGGACAUUUGGCAGACGGUUGCCGGAUCAGAUCAGUAUUGGCAGCAGGGAUCAAGAGGGUGGGAGUAGUGGUAGUACAACCCUUCGCCAACCGCCUCUGACCCCGACCUUCACUUCGCCCCGCCUGGCCCCUAUUCCGCCCAAACCUUCCUCCAUUCGCUCAUUCAAUUCUUUCGCUUCCUCCAUAUUCCGUAAGCAACAGCAACCCAGGGCUUCCUCUCUUCGUUCCACCAUUUCCGAAGAUACCCUUUCCUCCCACCCUUUUGCUGUCAUGCAUCUCGCUCCUCUCCCUGUCGUCUCCAGCCACGAUUCCGACGACGAAGAGGACUGCCCCGUCUGUCUCGAACCCCUCAGCUUCAGCUUCAGACUUCCCGGAGAAAAGCCUCAUAUCGUCCCAGAGUGUGGUCAUGCUCUUCAUGAGGCUUGUUUCACUGCCGUAUAUGGCCCACCGCCCAGCCAGGCGCGCUCAACAGUUCCAAGGAAGUCAAAUCUGGGUGUCUGCGGCGUGUGCAGGCGCCCAAUGAAGGUCGGCGAUGGCGACGGGGGGAAAUCGAACAAGCUGGCAGCCCUCACGGGCAUGGGCGACCCAAAUCAACAAGCUCUAUACCCUGGCAGGGACACCCCGGUUACCCGCAAGCGACUGCAGGCUACAACUCAGUUCGAUCCUUCAGAAGACGACCCGCUCGACCAUACAGGUUCUAUACGCUCAAAUCCUGCCUCUGAGCAUUCCCAAUACAUUGUCGCACCCUCUAUUCAAGUUCGUCCAGAAUUCUCUUCUCUCACCCGUACCCAGGACGUCACCCAGCCGCUGACAUGUAUCGUUGUCAUCGAGCUCCCCGGUAAGCGCACUUCUGGCGUCGUUCCGGGCCCCGUUAUGCCAGACAGUUACACUUCUCGCUCCAACAGCCAUUCCCGACAAGAGACCUCUAACUCCGGUCACUCGUCUCCCCUACCUCACCAUCCCAGUCGAUUGCAGCAACAGCCCGAAUCGUUCCAGACCAAUCGUGCUUCUCCCGUCCCCCCUGAUCCACCGAGCAAUUCAGACCUCGGCUCCUACCCUAAUAUCAUUAUGCACGAAGAAGAUUCCCCCUUCAUCGCCAUUACCGAGGACCUUCGGAAUCGCAUCAUAGAUUGGAAGGGCCAUCCUCUCUCUGACCUUGGUCCUCUCCAGAUGUAUGAUUUGCUCUCCGUCCGCCGGGAUUCUCUGGUCCGAGAGUUUUAUGUCUACCUCUUCAAGGAAGCUCUCAUUUGCGUAGUCGAAGAGAAAAAGCGAUCCCUCGGACGUCUCUUAUCAAGCGCUUCUGGGCUUACCGAUGCUGGGUCCAUUGGCUCACUAACCCAAACCCAAACGAAAGGUGUCUUACGACUCAAGGGGCGUAUCUAUGUCCGCCAUAUUAAACAUGUAACGGCAACCUCGGCUGCUGGUGAAAUGUCACUCACUAUUGACAUGGAAGACGAGUUGGCAUCCUUCAUUCUCAUUUACAAGGACCGGUCAUCCCUCGAAGCAUGGAAGAAUACCAUUCAAUCUCUUGUCAACAUGUUCCAAGCACAAAAUCCCCAGCUGAUGCAACAGCGACAAGAACAGCAACGAGCAGAGCAGGCGCGUGUUUUGGACAUGGAAGAGUUUGGUGGCAACUCCAAGGCCAUGCGUAUGCUCAGCGGAAGCACUCAAACUACUGUCAGCACCGUUGACAGCCUUCUCAAUGGUUCAUCACGGUCAACGAUGUCAUCGUCCACAUCACAUGGAUCAUUGCACCAGCAACAACGUUCACAAGUGCAUAGCAACAAACUCAGUCCACUGGGAGAGGAUGACGAACUCAGCAACUAUGACUCGCCCACGGGACUGGUCACGCCCUACACAUCUUCUGGUCCAUCAAACUCUCUUACCCCUCUCCCUCAUCCUUCCAUUGACCUCAUCCUCGUGGUAUCUCUUCCGCCGCCUAAUGCUGCCCCAAGUACCGCUCAACUUAAAAUUCGCGUAAUUAAAACAACUCUCGAUUUUGUUCUCGCUUCGCUGGGACAGAAAGAUCGGUUGAGUCUCGUUACGUUUGAAGUCGGUGUUGGGGGAAAAGUAAGGAAGUCGCCCUUCUUGAGUGUGGCCAAGGCCCAGAGCAGGGCGAGAUUAGAGAAAUUUAUCGAUCAGAUUGGGGUUAACCGGGCGGACGAUGGGAUGCCUCCUCCGGGUCAGGAUGAGUUUUUGGUGAGGGGGAACAAAGACGAGAAGACGGAUGUUGUCACGGCUGUUAAUCACGGCUUGGACGUGGUGCUGCAGCGAAAAGCGCGUAACCCUGUUUCUGGAAUGAUCCUCGUGAGCGAUGCCUCGGACAGCACGCGACGUGCGCAAAUGGAUCUUGUUCUCGCCCGAGCCGAAGCGGCCAAUGUGCCAAUACACUCAUUUGGUUAUGGCCGGUCGCAUGACCCCGCAUCUCUAUGGCUGAUGUCGAAUCAUACCAGCGGUACAUACACAUUCGUAAAGGACUGGUACGACUUGCGCGACUGUAUCGCUGGCUGCGUUGGUGGAAUGAUGUCUAUCGGGUUGCUGAAUAUGAAACUUCAUAUGAAGAUCGUCGACGGGCACCGGUUUCGUAUUCGCAAAGUCAGUGGCGGCCCAUCAUCGAUUCUUUCCUCUGACGGGCAGAAUGUGGAUGUUGACGUCGGGGAGCUACGGUACGGCGAGCGAAAAGAGAUGCUUAUCGAGUUGGAGCUGGAUAAUUCAGACAUGCAUCAAAAAAUAGCUGCUCGUGCGGUGAGAGGCUCCGGCGUGAACGAUCGACGAGCGUUGGAUGCAACGCAGGAGUUUGUGCAGAGCAUGGGCUUGGAUUCUCUUACCAUCGAUGACCCAGCAGACCUUGCAGAUGGGAUGAUGGAUCGGAUGAUUGACGAAGUGCCAGUCGUCGAGGUUGACGGCUCGUUCUUUGAUCCUACUGCGGCGAAAAAUGUUACGCGACUGGCACACCCGGUAUUGCUCACAGUAACUCUACUCCCACCGACGUCGGCGAUACCGCGUCCGCCAUCGACCGUUAGUGAUCCUGUGAUUGUACGUCGAAGGAUGGAAUUACUGGCGAGCGAUAUGAUCACGCGCGCUCUGGUGCUGGUGUCGAGGAGAAAUUUCCCGCAAGCCCAAAAGAUUUUGAGUGAGACGAAGAGGAUCCUGCAUACGGUGCUGCAGACAAUAUCGAGGGCGCUGCCGCCACCAAAUACCCAUGGCAACACCGUACGCAACAGGAAGGAAAUUCUUACGCUUGCGGCAGUGAGGACGAUGCAGGCCAUACUGCAGGACUUGCAAAUUCUGACGGAAGCAUUGGACGAGAAUGUAGAUCUAUUUGCACGAGACCAGAGAAAUUUUGGAGCCCAGCAGGCUAUGAUCUUGAGAGAUCAGAAGAGCUGGAGUGGUCGCAGUGCAACAGAGCGGCUUUUCUGGACGAUAGACAAUUCCAUUGAACUUGUGUCCAGGAGCACGGAUUGGGUUGCUCGGGAGUAGGUUCCCGCUUUCACUCUCUGUUUCAGUCGGUCUAUUUGCUCACGAUUGUGUUUACGUUCUUUCGACUGGGGUUUUAUUUUCUGGUAUAAUGUUUAUCUACACGUUCUCUCCUCUCUUUGUGUGUAUAAGUGUAUCUACUUACUGAUGACGACGCUCCUUAUAUAUGGUCCCCCUACUUACUUGACUCUAUUUCCCAUUGCGUUGUCUUGUCCAUUAAUCUACCCCGCGGUUCCUUCCCCUCUUCUAAUGUACCAUCGGGCCUGUAUACUUGUAUCAAGGACAGGCGCUGUAUUUUUGUAGAGUUUUUGAUCUGUGACACCUAUCCCUCGAAAAGCUUGAAAAACGUGAAAUUGAAUGAUACUUGUUCCUUCCGUC